CAGAGAUCGUUUUCUUUCAUCCAAAUUCAUUUACAUGAAAAACAAUAUAUGGAUCGUCGAUCUGCUUAAAAUUGGAGCUAAAACAAUCCACAGCGAAUCAGAGAGAUUCUCGUUAGGGUUUUUCUGAUCCGUCCUUCCAGUGCUUCUAUCCCCACUCUCCCGACAUGGCUGCUCCCUUCUUCUCUACUCAGUUUCAGCCUUAUGUCUAUCAGGUGGUUUAGUCUUAUUGGAAGAAGGAAGAGGGAAGAGUGAGGUGAAAAUGCCCAUAAGCAGCAGUGAGUCAACAAGCUGCUAUGAUUCCUUUCCAGAUUUUGGGUGGCGAAGCACAGGUGGUUCAGAUCAAGUUGAAACCGCAAGAAUUUGUUAUUAUACGACCAGGUGCCAUGUGUUUCAUGUCCGGGUCCGUUGAAAUGGUGAACAUUUUUAUGCCUGAGAAUGAAGUAGGAAUGUGGCAUUGGCUUUUUGGCAAGACUAUUACCAGUGUAGUCAUUCGUAAUACUGGUUCAAGCGAUGGAUUUGUUGGAAUUGCUGCACCUUCACUGGCAAGAAUUCUCCCGAUUGAUUUGGCUAUGUUCGGUGGGGAAAUUUUGUGCCAGCCAGAUGCAUUCCUUUGCUCCAUCAAUGACGUUAAUGUGAAUGUUGCGGUUGAUCCAAGGGCGCGUAACGUGAUGGGUAGUGCAGAGGGAUUUCUGAGACAAAAACUAACUGGACAAGGUCUUGCAUUCAUUAUUGCUGGUGGAUCUGUUGUGCAGAAGAAGCUUGAUGUUGGAGAGGUACUAACUGUGGAUGUCUCCUGUAUUGCCGCGGUUAAUUCCACUGUCAGUGUUCAAAUAAAGUAUAACGGUCCCCUUAGAAGGGCUGUCUUUGGCGGAGACAAUAUGGUAACAGCUACCCUAACGGGACCAGGGAUCGUGUUCAUCCAGAGUUUGCCCUUUCAACGUUUUUCCCAACGCAUUGCAAGGGCAGUGACAUCGCCGAACAUGAGAGAGAAUCCCAAGUUCUUUGUUCAGAUAGCUAUCUUCUUCAUCCUAGCGUACGUUGUGAUUGUAUCCUCCUUGAUCUUGACUGAUGUAUGAUAUGGCAGUCUAGUGGCCUCUUUACAUUCUUUCUCUUUCCAGUUAACCAUUCCUCUUUGGGGAAAACACUGAACCACAUAGUUAGAGUGCAUCAAAUCAUUGUGCCAUUGCCAUUAUCGUUGCCAGUUUUAACAUAAAUUGAUAGACUUAAUCAUUAUGGUUUUGUGUUCGAUUUCAUUCCGUCGAGUUGGUUCGUCAUAGUGCAGGUAAACUGAUGUAAAAUUUUAUAUAUUUAGAUUUUGAACUUGCUGAGUGAAGUGGAUUUGGUCGUUGCUGCGUGUGUAUAUUCCCUUAUCGUGAUUGCCUUUCGCCUGUUUCUGAAUCGACCAUAUUCAUUCCAGAUAGAACUUC